AUGUCUAGCAGCUACGCCAGCGGACUGGACGGCGACUGCCGCGUCGCCUUCGUCCACGUCAGCUGCCUCUACGCCGACGAGGAGAGGGACUUCCUCGUCACUGUGCGCGUGCCGUCGUCACGCGUGUCCAUUGCACUCAUCCGCCCAGGCUGCACCUACUGCGACAUGGUCACCACGGAGAUGGUGCGGGUGGAAGGUGACCCAGUGAUGCUGCUCUGCCCGGAGUUCGCGGUGAGGGUGGGGAUCUCCCUGAAGGUGGAGCGUCAGUGGCACCGUGUCCACGCCACGGAGGACAUGGCCGCGGCGCAGGCCACCACGGAGGAGGGUGACUACACCCGUGCAGCUUCGAUCCUGGGGGCCCACCGCCUGCUGCUGGAGUCAUGCGCAUCGCUUUCCUGGGACCAGCAAACGUAG